CCCCCCCCCUUCUUUUCUACAUCCGGGCACUUUGCUCCGUUGCCAACCCUGUGAAGAUGGCGACCGCUGGGAGGAGUGCAUUAUUAUCCUCCGCCUUGACGGGCUCCAAGGGCGCACUGGAGAGCUGCAACCCGGAGGAGGAUGACGGACAGAACUUGUGGUCGACUAUCUUGAGCGAGGUGUCCACGCAUUCGAGGUCCAAGCUUCCGUCCGGGAAAAAUGUCCUGGUUAUGGGGGAGGUUGGCUCGGGAAAGACCACCUUGGUUGCCAAGCUACAAGGAGUUGAAGAGUACAUGAAAGGGCGAGGUCUAGAAUAUCUCUACAUCAGUGUCCAUGACGACGACAUCGAUGACCACACGAGAUGCAACGCCUGGGUGUUAGACGGAGACCUUUACCACAAAGGUCUACAGGGGGUGGCUGUGCCGGUGGAUGCAAUCAGCAACACGUUGCUGCUGAUAACGGUUGACAUGUCGCGGCCGUGGAACGCCUUGGACUCGCUCCAGAAGUGGGCCGCCGUCGCUAGGGAACACGUCGACAAACUGCGGGUCCCCCCGGAAACGCUGCGGGAGCUGGAGCUCAGACUUGUAAAGCAGUUCCAGGAGUACACAGAGUGCGGCGAGGACGGGACCCCGCAGAGGAGAGGCGAGGAUGAGGAGAGUGUACUGCUGCCGUUGGGAGACAACACACUCACGCACAACCUGGGUAUACCAAUGGUGGUGGUGUGCACCAAGUGUGAUGCCAUCAGCACGUUGGAGAAGGAGCACGACUACAGAGACGAACACCUGGACUUUAUCCAGUCCUACAUCAGACAGUUUUGUUUGCAAUACGGAGCGUCUCUUAUUUACACAUCAGUGAAGGAGAUGAAGAACCUGGACGUGCUAUAUAAAUAUCUUGUCCACAGACUUUACGGCUUUCCAUUCCACUGCCCUGCACAAGUAGUGGAAAAAGAUGCAGUCUUCAUUCCCUCAGGUUGGGACAAUGAAAAGAAGAUUGCAAUACUUCAUGAGAACUUCCAAACAAUAAAGGCGGAUGACGGGUUUGAGGACGUAAUUGUCAAACCACCAGUCAGAAAGAUUGUACAUGAAAAGGAAAUUCAAGCUGAAGAUGACCAAGUGUUUCUGGUAAAAUUGCAGUCGCUGCUCUCCAAACAGCCUGCUGUCACCGUAGGCCGACCAGUGGACACAACCACCAGAGCCCCCAGCGGUUCCCCCAGGACCAGCAAUCGUUCGGCAGCGGCCAACGUGGCCAACGCCAUGCCUCAGUCGGGUCAGACCAGUGAGGGUGUCUUGGCCAACUUCUUCAACAGCCUACUGACGAAGAAAGCGGGGACAGGAGGACCUGGGACGCCGGCUGGUGGGAACAACACGCCAGGGACUGUACGCAAGUCAGGCUCCAAGCUGGGCCUGAGUGAUGUACAAGCAGAGCUGGACCGCAUAGCCAACCGGGAGACGGACUUGGACUUGCCCAACGCCAACGAGACCCCUGCCACCGAGGGCCAAGACACAUGAAGACCAACCCGCUUCAAUCCCCCCCGCUCUUCCUUCCUUCCCUCCUCCACCUCUUUUGCCCUCCCUCUCUCUGCUUUGUCUCACAGAUAUAUGCAAGGGAACCAGGGGAGUAGGGGAAAAGGACCAAAAUGGACACCUAGUUUUCUCUCCCUGAUAUCUUUCAUCUUCCACAAGGAGAGUUCUCCUCCAUCCAAACAGUACCCUCACCCUUCCCAUCCCACCCACCGUUUUCUUUCCUGGUUCUUACACUGAGGAUGUGUCACAAGAUGGGGAGGAGGGACCAGUGCGGGAGAUGUAGGCUCCAUUGAUGUUUGGGAAUGUCCGCAUUUGCUCGCCUGGAAGUGAAGGUGUUUUAUCCAUCCAUUAAUUGUGAUGGUUCAUGUUUUUUUUUGUUGUUUUUUAUGCUAGAACCUGCUGAAGGACACGAGUUGAAGAAACUGCACUUAGAUACUAGGGAUGUUCGGCCAGUGGUUAUGUGGAGGAGGAGAUUCAGAACAAAAAAUGGAUGUCUGGAACAUUUUUUUUUAAGAAGGGACAAACGUGUGUGUGUUUGUGUAUGUAUGUAUGUAUGUAUGUAUGUGUGUGUGUGUGUGUGUGUGUGUGUGUGAAAAUGAAGGACAUGAGUGCAACAUAUGUGGGAAGGAUUUCUGCCUAUUUACAAACCAAAAAGCAAAACAAAAAACAAAACUAUGCUUUUGACACUACACUCUCUGAAAGACACUAUUCCCACAAUGUAAACAUGACAAAUAUCACUGCAUGGUGCACACAUUUGACUUUGGACCCAAGUCCCCUGGUGAUAGACAGGCGGUGCACCGCAUCAGGCGGCGUGAGCUUUAUUCCCGCCGCUGGUUCCAUACUCGCCGCAGGCAGGGAGGAGGGGGUUAGAUGACGAUGGGGUCAUGUCAAGAAUGUACAGCCAUGGUCUCGCUGAUUGGUCUCCUUAUUUCAGAGCUCUGUGUUGGCGUUUGUAUUAUCAGAUCUGUCAAUCAGUCAAAUAAAAGGUGUAUUUAUUCGGA